CCUGAAAAACUAAAGCCCUUUCUCUCUCGUUCUCUUGCUCUCUCUUCCUCUUCCCUGCUUCUUGCUCUUCGUCAAUGGCGGCGAACCCGCCGAAGCCCUGGAAGGCGGAGUACGCCAAGUCGGGCCGCUCGUCCUGCAAGUCGUGCAAAAGCCCCAUCGAUAAGGAACAGCUCCGCCUCGGCAAGAUGGUAGCUGCCACUCAGUUCGAUGGUUUCAUGCCUAUGUGGAACCAUGCUGGAUGCAUACUCAAGAAGAAGAAUCAGAUCAAAUCCCUUGAUGAUGUUGAAGGCCUAGACUUGCUUCGGUGGGAGGAUCAACAAAAGUUGAGGAAGCAUGUGGAAGGUACAACCUUGGAUACAUCUUCCACAUCAAAGUCAUCUAUGGCUGUGAAUAAUGAGUGUGGCAUCGAGGUUUCUCAAACAUCUCGUGCUUCUUGUAAGCACUGCAAUGAGAAGAUUACAAAAGGAACGGUACGUGUCUCAACCAAACCCGAGGGACAAGGAGCAAGAGCUCUUGGGUGGCACCAUGUCAAAUGUUUCAUAGAAAUGUCCCCAUCAACCAUUAUUGAAAAAAUAUCGGGCUGGGACAAGCUUACACCUGAAGAGAAGCAAACUGUAUCUUCCCUUGUCAAGGAUAAGUCUCCCCAAAAAGGAGCAGGAGUAGCUGAAGACAAACCUUUGCAAGGAGCAACUUCAAAAGGCAUUAAGCGCAAGAACACUGAAAACAUUAAGCUCAAGUCUAAAGUUCCAAAACAUGAUGUAGAACAGCCUAAAAUUGGUGCAUCAAGUAAAACCCAUGAUUCAAAUGUUUCUGACCUUGACACUAAACUGGAGGAGCAAACUAAGGCUUUGUGGAAUAUAAAAGAUGAGCUCAAGAAGCAUGUUAGUGCUUCAGAGCUACGAGAAAUGCUUCAGGAAAACGGGCAAUACUCAUCUGGAUCAGAAUUUGAUCUGAGAGACCGCUGUGCUGAUGGGAUGCUAUUUGGACCACUGGGAAGCUGCCCUAUAUGUUCUGGUCCGUUGUGUUAUUCUGGUGGACAAUAUCGUUGCAAUGGUCAUGUAUCAGCAUGGAGCAAGUGCUCAUAUUCUACAACUGAGCCUGUUCGGCUCAAGGAGAAAUGGAAAAUUCCAGCAGAAUCAAGCAGUCAAUAUCUUAAAAAUUGGUUCAAGUCUCAGAAAGUGAAGAAACCUGUCCGAGUGCUUCCACCAUUAUCUGAUAAAUCUGUGCGACUUCAAACGUCCUCGAUGUCUCUACCAUCUGCUAGUGGAAAAUUGGAAGAACUGAAAGUUGCUUUAGCUGGAGAACCCCAGGAGGAUUGGAAGCGGAAACUUGAAGACGUUGGUGUGCAAAUUCAUGCAAAAAUUAAGAAAGAUACUAGCUGUUUGGUUGUGAUUGAAGAAGUGAAUGACUCUGAUUUUGAAAUUAGAAAAGCCAGGAAAAUGAAGAUUCCAGUGGUGAGAGAGGAUUACUUAAGUGAUUGUAUGAAAAAGCAGGGAACACUUCCAUUUGAUUUAUAUAAAGUUGAACCAGCAAGUGAGGCACAAAGAGAAGGUACUCUUACUGUGAAAGUGAAAGGAAACAGUGCUGUGCAUGAAGACUCUGGUCUGCAAGAUACAGGGCACAUUCUUGAGGAUGGGAAAAGCAUAUAUAAUACAACUUUAAAUAUGUCUGAUCUGUCGACUGGAGUUAAUAGUUAUUACAUUCUUCAGAUUAUCCAGGAGGACAAAGGUUCAGCCUGUUAUGUAUUCCGUAAAUGGGGACGUGUGGGGAAUAAAAAAAUUGGUGGGACAAAAUUGGAAGAGAUGUCAAAAUCUGAUGCAAUUCAAGAGUUCAAACGUUUAUUUUUUGAAAAAACUGGAAAUACAUGGGAAUCAUGGGAGGCUAAGGAGAACUUUGAAAAGCAGCCAGGCAGAUUUUUCCCUUUGGAAAUUGAUUAUGGGAUUAAGGGCACCAAAAACAAGAAUCCUCCGGAAAAGGAGAGUUCACUCUCACCUAAACUCAUGGAAUUAAUGAAGAUGCUUUUUGAUGUUGAAACUUACAGAGCUGCUAUGCUAGAAUUUGAGAUCAAUUUAUCCGAGAUGCCGCUCGGAAGGCUUAGCAAGAAGAAUAUACAGAAAGGCUUUGAAGCUUUGACAGAGAUACAAAAUCUAAUAAAUAAUAGUAAUGGCCAUGAACUAGUUGUGAAGGAGACCUUGAUUGUUGAUGCUAGCAAUCGCUUUUUCACUCUUAUUCCUUCAAUUCAUCCUCAUGUGAUAAGAGAUGAAGAUGGUGUUAAGGCAAAGGUGAAAAUGCUAGAGGCUUUACAAGAUAUCGAAAUUGCUUCUAGAAUUGUUGGUUUUGAUAGUGAAAUGGAUGAAUCUCUUGAUGAGAAGUACAAUAAGCUCCAUUGUACCGUUGCUCCUUUGCCUCAUGAUAGUGAAGAUUUCCUUAUAGUGGAGAAAUAUCUUCUCAAUACUCAUGCUCCUACUCAUAAGGACUGGACCCUUGAACUGGAAGAGGUUUAUGCUCUUGAUAGAGAAGGAGAAAUUGACAAGUAUGCUUCAUAUAGAGAUAAACUUGAAAACAAGAUGCUUCUAUGGCAUGGUUCGCGGGUGACAAAUUUUGUGGGCAUUCUCAGUCAAGGUCUGAGAAUAGCUCCACCAGAAGCUCCGGUUACAGGAUAUAUGUUUGGCAAAGGAAUUUACUUCGCUGAUCUAGUUAGCAAGAGUGCUCAAUAUUGUUAUGUCGACAAGAAAAAUCCAGUAGGCCUGAUGCUGUUAAGUGAGGUUGCUCUGGGUAAAAUGCAUGAACUCAAGAAGGCCACGUACAUGGAUAAGCCACCAAAAGGGAAGCACUCAACCAAAGGACUUGGGAAAAAUGUACCUCUAGAAUCUGAGUUUGUUAAAUGGAAGGAUGAAGUUGUUGUGCCUUGUGGGAGACCUGUUCCUUCAUCAGUUUGGGCAUCAGAACUACUUUAUAACGAGUAUAUUGUCUACGAUACUUCUCAGGUCAAGAUGCAGUUCUUGUUAAAGGUGAGGUUUCAUCACAAGGGGUGAGGAAAAACAGUUAUCUUUUUGGGGAUUGUCCGGGGAUGGCAAUGCAUGUUGGUGGAUGCUGCAUUUUGCUUCUAACAGCAUCAGUUCUUCUGGUACUCAGAUGCCUUUGCCCCCAUUCCCUCCCUACCGCUCUUGUAAAUCCUAUCCUUCAAUGCUAUUUUGUUCAAAUAUUAUCAUCUCUGCUUGGCUAGAGUCCAAAGGAUGCUGGGACUAUGUUUAUGAAUGCAAAUAGUAGGCAUUAUUUUGGCUGGUAUA